AUGGGAUCGCAAGUGGGUAAAGAGACUUCAGUGCCAUCGUCACCUUCUAAUGUCAGUAGUCAGCUUGGCGAUGAUCCUCGAUCGCCUUCUUCCAAUUUUACUCGAACACCAGUUCAAAAGGUGGCAUGCAUAGAUGAUCCACGAUCACCUUCGAUCAACGUUACUCGGACUCCUGUUCAUAAGUUAGAAUCCUUCGAUGAUCCACGAUCGCCGACGAUGCGCUUCGCUAGAACUCCAGUUUAUGUUGCUAGUCAGCGGAUUAGUCAAUUGGAUAACGAGUGUCAAGCAAUCAAAUUUACCAUCUCCGACAGUGAGAUCGAACAGUGCCAACAGGAGGAAUCGUAUCAUAAGCCUAUCGAGGAUAAUGUUAUGCAGCAAAAAGCAACUGAUACAUCUCUAACGUCAGGUAAUGAUACACAAGAUGAUAACCUUGCUCAACGUGCAGAGUUAACAGAGUCAGUAAGUGGCCAAGAAAAAGUGGAUGAUGGCGCUUUAUCAUUAGGUGAAGAUGUACUACCCAAACUGGCAACGUUACACCUUGAUACGAGUAAAAUGGAUGAUAAUAAGCAGUCAAAAGAUAAACAGGAGGUUAUAGCAUCCCGAGACAGUAAUAAUUCAUGUCCUGCAAGCAAUCAGCAAGCAGGUGAAAAUACUGAAGGAAAGAAAAAGAAAAAGCCAAGAAAGAAGCAAAUUCAGAAUGAAAAUAUUGGUGUUGAUAAAAUGAUGAAAGGAAAAAUUCUCUAUCCUAAACUUGCCAAUGGUACUGAUAUUCCAAGAUCACCCUUAAAGGAUAGCCAAAAUUCUCCUUUUGUGAAUCGUAACAAGAAUCAGAGAAGGUUGUCUGGUCUUUCGUAA